AGCCGUCUUUCCAGCUACCUAUCCAACUUCAAUUCAGACCUUUCGUCAUUAGGAGCGUCCAGUUCAAGGUCAAGGUUACAGAAGCUGUUGCUGGCAGAUUUAGCCCUGUCAGAGCCCACCCCUGGACCGAGGGGGCGUGGUUUACGAGGGUCUGGCAAUUUACUCUCUGAGCUCCUAGGAGGCUCUGGCUCAUACAACGGCAACCAAGGAGGCUCCUCCUAUAGGCGGGGCUUGGACAAUUUGUCAGGUCGCAGAUCUCAGCUUUCGGACGUUAUAUUGGACGUUCUUCGCUCACGUGACCGGUUUCCCGGAAGGCAAAUGUCUCAACGGUCUGGGGGUCUGCAAUUGGGUCCUAACUACGAUGUAUAUCCUUCCCGGAAUCAGAAUGUUGGUAGGCAAGGUUUGAGAGACUACGGGGGUUUGAACGAGCCGGGAUUAUCUUCCAGGCUAAACAAUGGUUAUAUAAACCAGCAAGGGCCUUCGACAUAUCUCUCUGGAUCAGGCCAGUCGAAUAAUCUAAUCGGUCUGGCUAACAGCAUACCCGGGUCUCAGCUUGGGUAUAACUCACAGCUACAAAUACAGCAACAGCAGCAGGUUCAACAACAGCAGCAGCCGCAGCCCAUCCAGAACAGCAUCAUCACCUACACCCAGACACAGCCGCAGCAACCUCAGCCCCAGCAAAUGCAACAGGCCACCCGAACCAUCAUCCAACAACCGCAGACGGUGACGUCAAACGCCAUCACGUCUACCGGAGUAGCCACCGGUCAGUCUAACCUGGUCCCUCUGGUGACCUCUGCCGGGCCUCGCCUGGUGUUACAGGGCGUCUCCAUGGUCCAGCCCACCCAGGUCUUACUACAGCAGACGCCACAGGUGGUUCCGGUCAUCAGUGUAGCAGCACCACCCGUCGUACAGCAG